AUGCCAGUCGAAGUCCGUCAUUCGCCUCCAUCCUUGCACCAGCCUGGUUCAGGUAACAUUCGACCCAAGGGCAUCUUAAAGAACCCAUCUUUCUCUACAAGCGGUCGACCAGGCUCUCCUACCAAAGACGAAUUCCAAUUCCCCCCCUGGGCACCCCUAGAUCCCAAGGAAGAAAGAGAGUUGGUUUUGCAAAACACCCUACAAAAUGCCGGUCAUCGCCGCUCCUCCUCUGCUGCCAGACGAGCUUCUGCCUCUCGACGCCAUUCUUCCGCCAUGGCCGCCAACGUCGACGAGGACCCGGAAAAGAUGCGUCUCAAGUGGGAUGAGGCAAAUUUAUACCUGGCCGAACAAGAAUCUGGAGGUCGUAUGAAAAUCACGGAACCAAAAACCCCCUACCAAUAUGGCGAUGCCAUGGAGGAAGAUGAUGAAGAUGACGUCGCUAUCGACCCCCGUUUUGUCAACGUUGAUGAAGUCGAUCUGGCUAAGAGCAAGCCGCACAAAAGGCAUCGUGAGAGCGAAAUUCCUGGUUUAGAGCUGGGUGAACCAGAGGACGAAUUGGCCACAGGUGCCCACUUCGAAGACGAUCGAAUUGUGCAAGGAACCAGUCUGUCUCGCGAGAGUAGCAAGGAAAAACAUGUGAGUGUCAGCGAUGGUAGUGAAGCCGAUGGGUUCAGAGAACAAGUUGGCAUGCCGACCAGAGAAGAACAAGAGAAGCAUCGACAAUUUGAGGAACGGCGAAAGAAGCAUUACGAGAUGAAGGACAUCAAAGGGCUACUUGGUCAUCCGGAAGAACUGGAUAUGGAAGACGACGAAGAACCACCUGUCCCUGCAGCAAUACCUCGAGAUCUUCCAGAACGAUCCGUCAACGGCACUCGCUAA